CCGACGAAAGGCCCAACAGAUCGAUGCACGAGCGCAUGAGGCGAACCCAGUGAGUCGAGGGUCGGCCAUACAAGGGUCGACUAUACAAGGAUCAAUCAUGAUUGGGUCGAGGCUUGUCGGUCAAGAGAUAGCGUGCGAUCAAGCACGUGGAAGAGAACGUGGGUUGGACGCGCGAUCACACAAGUCGGCCAAGGAAGGUCGCGCAUGGAGGAAUGCAAGGGCACGCAAAAAGGUGGUCCGUAAGAGGGCGAAUAUCGAGCGCAAGGAAGGGCGCGUUAGACAAAAGCGUGAAUACGCGCAUUGGCGUAGACGCGCAUGGCGCUUGGAGAUUAGACGAAGUGGUGCGCAGAGGGAGGAUGUCGGGAGGUUGAUGCGCACGAGGGAUUGCAGCAAAUGGACAAGCACGCAUCGGGCGUUGGACGAUACGCAGACAGCGCUGAGCGCACGAGGGCGCACAAUAGAUGAACUGAGCUCUGGGGCGCUGAGCGGGCCACGCGGGCAGGUGGACAGGCACGGGAAUAUCGCGGGAUUAUCGAGCGUGGGUAGUAGUUGCACGGUUGACAAGGACCCGCGGGAGCAGGUGGCGCAUGGGCGAGCCGCGUGCGCAGUUGGCGACGCGGGUGGGAUGGGCCAAGACCUAGGCCUAGUAGGCUUAGGGAAGCUGGGCGACACGCACGAGAUAGUCACGCAGGCGAAGGGUGCGAUUGCGUGCGCACCCGAAAGGCGAGGCAAGACCAAGGCGGCAAGCCUAGUCCUCAUAGGAAUAGGCAUGGCGCGAAUCCUAGACCCCGCAGGACUAGGAAAAGCAGUUGAGUGUCGUGAUGCGCGUGAAGGAUCGGUGACGGGAGUAAUCCUCGGAAGAUCAGGCAACGUAGCCGGAAGCAUAUUCCUAGUAGGAAUAGGAAAGAUGGAUAUGGGCUCAAAGUCUGAUCCUUCAAGGAAUAGGAAUAGCGUACACAAGGCACGAGACCUUACUCCUCGAGGCAAAGUUCAAAUUGCUGCUUAUCAUCUUGAUGCAGAAGCAAACAUAUGGUGGCAAUGGGUCUUGCACAAAAAUCAGGGUGAGCACAUGCGUUGGAGGGAUUUUGAAAGGGAGCUCAUCAUGAGGUUUGGCUCUAGUGACUACCACGAUUACAAUGAGGCUUUGUCCAGAAUUAAGCAAGUUGGUAGCCUAAGGGAGUAUCAAAAGGAGUUCGAGCGUAUUGCUAGCAGAGUACGGGAUUGGCCUGAGAGUGCACUGGUAGGUACGUUUGUUGGAGGUCUAAAAGCUGAAUUAGCGGCUGAGGUAAGGUUGGAUAGGCCAGGAUCGAUGCGCAGCUAUGGA